AUGUCUUCUCAGAUGAGCGCGAUCAAGAUCCGGCGAAAGAAGAAUGUCAAGAAGGGAAUUCAGUUCUGUCUGAUGGUUUGCGGCGCAAGUGGAACAGGUCGGACCACGUUUGUGAAUACCUUGUGCGGAAAGCGGGUUUUGCAUGCCAAAGAUGCAGACGAUGCAGCCAACGCUCACCUUGAAGAGGGUGUGCGCAUCAAGCCAAUCACAGUUGAGCUCGAGCUGGAUGAAGAAGGCACGAGAAUAUCACUUACCAUCGUCGACACUCCCGGCUUUGGAGACCAGAUCGAUAACGAGGCUUCGUUUGGCGAGAUCGUUGGAUACCUCGAGCGCCAAUACGAUGAUAUUCUUGCUGAAGAAUCGCGAAUCAAGCGGAACCCUCGUUUCAGGGACAACCGAGUGCAUGCGCUUCUCUACUUUAUCACUCCAACCGGCCAUGGUCUACGAGAGCUUGACAUUGAGUUGAUGAGGAGACUAUCACCGAGAGUUAAUGUGAUCCCUGUCAUCGGAAAGGCCGACUCCCUGACCCCAGCAGAACUAGCAGAGUCGAAGAAGCUUGUUAUGGAGGACAUUGAGCACUACCGCAUUCCUGUCUACAAUUUCCCCUACGAUAUUGAAGAGGAUGAUGAGGAUACAGUGGAGGAAAAUGCCGAGCUGCGGGGACUGAUGCCAUUCGCCAUUGUCGGAUCUGAAGAUGUUCUUGAGAUUGGAGGUCGAAGAGUCAGAGCUCGACAAUAUCCAUGGGGUGUUGUAGAAGUUGACAACCCCCGUCAUUCUGAUUUCCUUGCCAUUCGAAGCGCCCUUCUCCAUUCCCACUUGGCUGAUCUGAAAGAGAUCACUCAUGACUUUCUGUACGAGAAUUAUCGUACUGAGAAACUCAGCAAGAGCGUGGAUGGUGGUACCGCUCAUAACCAAGACUCGUCAAUGAACCCUGAAGACCUUGCUUCUCAAUCCGUGCGCCUCAAGGAGGAGCAGCUCCGACGUGAAGAGGAGAAACUGCGAGAGAUCGAAGUCAAGGUGCAGCGUGAGAUCAACGAAAAGAGACAAGAACUGCUUGCGCGUGAGAGCCAACUGCGCGAAAUCGAGGCUCGCAUGCAACGUGAACAGAGCCAUGGUGAAGACGUCAAUGGAGAGGUCGCAGCUUAG